AGCUGGGGAAGAAGGGGGGCGCGCGGCUCGGGCGUGGUGGCUCUGGGUCUCCGUUCGGCACCCCGCACCCCGCAAUCUUCACCCUUUGCCCGGCACUGGGUCCCGGGCUCUGCGACAGAGGGGGAGGGGAAGGCCAGGCCUUGCGGGAGGCUGAUGCGUGCGCGUGCGCGUGGGGUGAACACGCGUGUGCGCGCCCGCUGGUCAUGGAUAGGCUCGCGUGACCUCAGGACGCGCACCGUGCACGGUUGUGGAACCUUGUGCGUGCAUGGUGCGCGUGCGUGGUGUGCGUGGGUCCGAGUUCAAGUAUGCGCUGACACGCGUGUGGAGCCAUCCGCGUGUGCGGUACGUCCUCGUCAAUGGCCAGGUGCACACGCAUACACUGGCUGAUGUAGGGGAAUCUGCGUGUGCAAUCGUGCAUGGGUGCAGUGAGCUGUGCACAUGCAUGGGCUUGCAAACAUCAUGUGUUUGCUUUUUUCUCCUGCUAGCCCCACUCUUUCGCACGCAGGGCAGGAGUUUGGGUCAGCCUGCCUUGGAUGCUUCAUUGUGUGUGCAUGCGCGCGAGCGAUUUGUGCAUGUCAGCCUGUGUUCGCCCUGUCUCUGUCACGUGAUACGGCUACCUCAGGGUCCCAGUUCUUCCAGGAGAGGAAUAAGGAUGAGGGAGGACUGGGGAUCCUCAGGUACUCAUGCUGUGGUGUUCCCGCGUGAGUCUCUUUAGGGUAAUGAAAGACUGAUGGGAAGGUGGGGCCCGCCUCAGUCUCCUCUCAGGGUGCAGGGAGAUUUGGGGUGCCAGGGACCUGCAGAGGUGUUCCCUUCACAGCCUCCUUGGAGUGUUGGGCCUGCCAAGGUCACAGCCGGGCCUGUGCUGUGGGGCCCAUGUGACACUGGGGGUCCUGGUGGAAUGAGAGUGUCUGGCACCCUUGUGCAUGCCCAUCCCGUGCCGUGUCCUGCUGCACCCCUCAGGCCCUCUGCGCCCCGCCCUGCAGAUGGCAUCGGCCACAGACUCACGCUAUGGGCAGAAGGAGUCCUCCGACCAGAACUUCGACUAUAUGUUCAAGAUCCUGAUCAUUGGGAACAGCAGUGUGGGUAAAACCUCCUUCCUCUUCCGCUACGCUGACGACUCCUUCACACCGGCCUUCGUCAGCACAGUCGGCAUAGACUUCAAGGUCAAGACUAUCUACCGCAACGACAAGAGGAUCAAACUGCAGAUCUGGGACACGGCAGGGCAAGAGCGGUACCGCACCAUCACCACAGCCUAUUACCGGGGCGCCAUGGGUUUCAUCCUAAUGUAUGACAUCACCAACGAGGAAUCCUUCAAUGCAGUGCAGGACUGGUCGACUCAGAUUAAAACGUACUCCUGGGACAACGCCCAGGUGCUGCUGGUGGGGAACAAGUGUGACAUGGAGGACGAGCGAGUGGUGUCGUCGGAACGCGGUCGGCAGCUCGCUGACCAUCUGGGGUUUGAGUUUUUUGAGGCUAGCGCCAAGGACAACAUCAAUGUCAAGCAGACCUUUGAACGUCUGGUGGAUGUCAUCUGUGAGAAGAUGUCGGAGUCGCUGGAUACUGCUGACCCCGCGGUCACAGGCGCCAAGCAGGGCCCGCAGCUCACCGACCAGCAGGCACCUCCUCACCAGGAUUGUGCCUGCUGAGCAACCCCCACACCAGGGGCAAGUCCCCAUCCCAUCACCCUAUUUAUUAUCGUAGCUAUUUAUUUAUUUAUUGAGGAUGCUCCCUGGGCGCGUCCCCAUCCCACCCUGUACAUAUCCCCACCCCCGCUCUGCUGUGGUGUUAUAGCCCCUGAUCCCCACCCCUUAAGACACCCCCCUUUUCGGUUUUGUAAGCCAUCCACAGUUGUCGGUCAUGAAGAGGGACCAGAUGUCACCGCAAAGCAGGCUGGUAGGCUGAUGGGAGAUGAUGGGGCCUGCCAGCUCCGAGGCUGGGGGACUGCCAUGUGGACCACUGGGUUGACAGGCUGGCAUCCUGCUGGCCUGGGCCUUCUGCCCCAGGCUACUGUAUCUUUGGGAUGGAUAGGAUGCGGGGAAUAUGUUCACUCUCACUACUUGGGAUAGCCCCAACUUGUUCUGACGUCAUGAGUGUCAAACGUGUCCCCCACUCCCCUAGAAGUUAUCAACACUACACACCGUUCAAUAAAGCGAAUGGACCUUG